CAAUGAGGGUAGCCGCUUGCGUGUCGAAACCUCAAGUCGAGGGCUAGUGCUGCUGACCAGAUCUUCAUCUCACACGUGACGAAUCAUCACGUGACUAGAUGAGCACCAGCGUCUGCUCUCCAACCAUUCGCACUGACCCUUCAUGAAUGGAAUCCAUCUUGCAUAUCCCAUGUCAAUUUGACCAGAAGAGCACGAUCAAGUGUCAUUUGGGCGACUCUGCCCAUGAAGAUGCCGCAUCGACGAUCGACUCUUCAAGACUCGUCCAGCCGCUGCCGCUGAAGCGUUUUAAUAUCUCCUCGGCGCGCUGGUUGCUGACCUGGCUCAAAUCCCUUCCAAUAUUUGGAUCAUCGUCGAUGAACUUCUUCUGCGGAUAGUGCUUUCUCAGAAUCGCCAGCAUGUCGUUCCAGUUAUACGGAUGCGCCCAGGUGAAUAGACGCUCAUUGCUGACAUCCUUACAGAGUAGUGCCCCGACAUGGACCUUUGCGUUGUCUUGCACAUUCACAUAGUACUGAGGAGGAUUCUCUCUCAGGUCUUCGUUACCUUCCCAACCAUCCCAUAGGGCUUUGACCCAUCCGACUGUGCUGGGAGCACCCUGAUUCUCAGGUGAAAGUACUUUGCCAAUAUUGGCGUUAGGCAACACGGCAUUGAGGACAAAGCCUGGUUUGUUCUCGGCCAUGAACUUCCAUGCUGCCUUUUCACUCUCAGUCUUGGUGGCGGUGUACACGUCCAACUUCUUCUGCACUCCUUCAUACGGAGGUUUCCAAGCCUCUUUCACCACGUCGUCAUUCCACGUCUUUUCGUCGACCGAGAACUUUUUGUUCGGGAUGGGGCUCGUUGCAGCCGUCGAGGAUGAUGUUAGCACAAACCGCUUGAUCGAAGGCUCAUUCGCUGCGGCCUUCAACCCGUUAAGGACUCCGUUCACCACAUUGGGCACGGCAACAUUUGGGUCGUACGAUUCCAUGACCGGUGUCGCCAUUUGGAUGUACCCUGAUGCUCCUCUGACCACCUCGUCGAAUGCUCCGGGAUUUCCCAUUUCCGCCACUUCGACCACUUCAUACUUUCCUGCGCCAUACUUGUUCCCAAAGUAGUUGACCGUCCAUCCGCCUCUCUUCAGCGAUCGAACAGUGCCUCGCACUCGGUAGCCGAGCUGAAGUAAUUGAUCCACGACAUGGCUGGCGAUGAAACCGUUCGCCCCAGUAACUACCACAAGAGACCCGGGUGGCACGGCAAAAUCAGAUGGCGAAGGCAUGAAGUCGGUAUCAAAGGAGUCUGUUGACCACGUGGGAACUCACGGCGGCCGUGGCACGUACCUAAUCGCUUACUAUAUUCCCACCAGCUGGGGAGAGUGUUCUGUUCCAGCCCGAUGGGGGGUUUCGGGCCCUGAGUCGGGUCUAUCAUGACUAAGACUCGGUUGAACAUGCAUAACCGAGACAAGAUUUUCAAAAUCCCGAUCAAUUGAACAAACAAAAGGCUGUCUGUGCCUAUCCGAGCACGGGGAACCCUGCACUGGGCGAAUCAAGCAUAUUCGAACUGGUUCCAAAAAGAUUGAUGUCACCGUGUCACCUAUCACAAGUGCCUAUCUGUAGAUGGCGCCGCCGAAACCCAUGAUCACAACGUCACGAUCUACCAUUUCACCCCUGUCCAUCUUGAGACUUUUCCUUGUGGCAUGACCAGGUUUUUCGGCUCCAAAACAUCCUUGAAGCUGAAACCGGUACCACCACUAAUGCAAGCCGUUCACUAACCCGAUUAGGGGUAUCUUGGCAACAGCCUGAUUGGUUGGAAAUGAACAUCCCCUCAUAGAAUAACAUGGACAUAGAAGGGAAAUUCACUUUUCAAUUGGGGGUUAACACUAUGUGGUAUUGUACUCAAUGCAACUCACUACCGGAUACGGUCGUCUGUGAGUGCCGAUUGGACUGGCUAGCCCAGGGCUUCUUACCGUUGGACAUGGUAUAACACUUUUUGGCAAUUCCGACAUAUGAAUUCCAGCCUUAUGGCCCCGAAGUCCCCUGAAUUGCGCUAUGUUGAACCUUCUUCUUCAGGACGUUCCAACGGCCGAAGCGAAGGUGGAGAUGAUCUGAGAGGAUGACUAAAACCAAGCUGAAUAGAUGAAAAAUCUCAGCAGGACUUAACCGAACCAAUCAUCCCGCGUCCCCGAUCGACGAGAGCAUGACUUGCCACAGCUCAUUCCAUGUAUAAGCGAUCGAGGAAAGACGCCCGCAUCCAUUCGCUUGCCUUGACCAAUAGGAUCAAUUAAGACUGUUCAAUAUUCCGGUCCACUUUGGGCUCAGAUCAGUCGCCGCAUUACAGAAUUGCCUUGAAUCACUAAAUCCGCCUUGGAAACCUCACUCAUGAGGAAAGGUGAUGCACCCCAGGGCACGCCUGCAGCCUUAUCGGGAGCCAGGGCAAUAGCGCGUGGGUUGCCCGACCUGAUUUCAGACAUCAUUCAACCUUGUCUGUUACCAAUACUUGAUUUCCCAUCAAGACAUGAUGGCCAAGAAGACGAACUCAGGUUGGACUGAAAAGAAUCCGCUGGAAGAUGCCGCAGACGCCGAGAUGCAAUGACGACUCCUUAGUGCUAUAUUGGGGCUGCCAGCAGUCACAGAUCUCGCGAUAUGACAAAGUCUCGCCCCCAAGCUUGCUUUCUCUCACCCUGCUAUUGCUGAAAUGCCGUGGAGCUGCUAAGGAUUGAGAGACAUGCCGGCGGCUUCUUGCGUCACGGUGGCUCACACUCAUAAAACACAUAGAUGGCACCUAUAUAUUGUCGAGCUCGGCGGUCAGCAGCAUGUCGCAGAUCCACGUCAGCACAUAUGGAAAGAAGAAAGAAGGAACAGCAAUCACGGAGCAAUAGCCCAUGCCACAUCUUUGUCGAGCAAAAUCCUGCUUCGUUUCCAAGGGGAGGAUCGAAGAUCGUGUCAAGCCAGGCGCGACGGUUCCAAAGUGCAGGCAAGCGACGCAGACAAGAGGCUGCCGCACACCAGAAUGCUGGCUACGCCCGCAGUCUCGUCGGCUGGUCCAAUAACAAGAAUCUUCUGACGCCUUCCUUGUCAUCCCCGGCUUCUUCCAGAGCUGGUUCGCAGGAGAGAAAGCCUUCUCCUGGAUCGGAAUCUGUGAAACAGGUCAUUCCAUCCAGCGGUGUCAGCAUCAGCCCCCAACCCAAUUUCCCCAUUACCUUUCAGAGGUCAGACAGCGAUGCCGUGAGGCUCAUGGUGGACUAUCAUAUUCACGUCUGGAUCCCACAUCAUCUGGGGUUCUUUGAUGCCUGCAUAGGGUUCAACACGCAGCUCGACCUUUGCUGGCCUAUGGCCAUGCAAGAUGAGAUGCUUUUCGACGCCACCAUCGCUGUCAGCCGCAUAGCCUUCCUUCUAAGCGAGGGCAAGCCAGCAGCAGACGACCCAUUCAUGCUCUACCAUCGAGGCUUGGCACUUGCAAGACUACAAAAGCGUAUUCGAGACGAAGCAACCUUGGUAGAGUCCGAGGUCAUCUUUACAGUGGGCAGGAUGAUUGCUAUUGCGUAUAUGACGAAUGAACGCGAUGCAUUCAAUUUCCACUUUGAGGCUUACCAAAAGCUCGUGGAACAAUAUAUGUUGACCAACCCUGGGACCGACAUCUCUCGCAUCAACGAAAACCGACUGAGGAGCUGGACGGCGAUCCAUGCCUACAGAGGCGGACAUGAUCUGCUCCAGGCAAACUCUACUACCGGAUCUACCUCGCCACCGGGUCCUUCCAGGAAUGCAAGCCCCUUGUGGAAAGAAAGAAUUUCGCGGAUAGACAUCACCAAACUGGCUCCGAGUCUCGCAAAGGUAGAGUUGCAUUCGGCGACGAUCUCUCACCUGGUAUCCCUGCAUGAAGUCCUCGAGCUGUCGCCGCCACCGUCACGCGAGAGACAAAAGGCUCUGGUUGAACUCGGUCAUAUAUUCAACCAGGUUGGACAGACAAUUGCCACCAUGACACUCACACCGAUCGACACCCAGGUCGGCUGCGCCUUGGUGGCUUUUGCGGCGCAAGUCCGGGGGUUAUACCUUACGUCCGAACCAUCAAGUUCCGGGAGCGGGUCCUCCUCGAGCCAGAAAAUAGCAAUGAGUAAUUGCGAUCUUGACGUUCUCCUGAACAAUCCACCAUUCUUCGAGCUUGCACAAACCUUCCUGAACAAGAGGCUGUCUGGAUUUCAUGCUGCACCCCAGUACCAGUGUGUGCUUGCUUGGUCGGCUCUGGUUCUGGGAACUUAUCUGGCCAACGACCUCGACGUCUACUUGCGGCGGAAGGGACACAUCAUAAUUGUGAGUCUGUUUUGCGAAAUGCGCAACACAGGACAGUAUCCUCUCCAGUUUGGAGAUGACGCAUUUGAUGCCAACGGCAGCUGGGAAGUGAUUAGGUCAGUCAUCAGAAGCGGAAUAGGUCGUUACUGGCAUGAACGGCUUGCAGCGGACUGGAAGCGGGCUUGGAUUGCUGCUGUCAUUCGACAAAAGAACUGGAAGGACCAGGGUUUGUUCAAGACAGGGGUGCCCAGAACAUUGACUUUCGAUGGCAGAGCCAAUGGUCAUGAUCGGAUUCAUGUCGUGGAGUAUCUGAUAUACAGAGACGCAAGGGAUUCACUGCCGAUGAUUGAAUGAGUGAAUGGGCGAGUAUGGGCUCGGUUUUGUCCUGGGGCUUGAGGUGGUUGGAUCGAGUUCUUGCAAUCGAGGCUGGACUUUCGUGGUGGCGUGCAUAUCAAGAACGGGGAGUGGAAAGGUAUAGCAAAUGGGCUUACGAAACGAGAAAAACAAUCCCUAUCACAACUUGGAAGUUACAAGGCUCCUCUAUGUCCGAUUUUCUCUGAAGUCCUCAUCUAUU